AUGCGUUUAUGGGCCAGCAGCAGCAGCAGCACCAGCACCAGCAGAUCCAAGACGUUGAAGGAUCUGCUCGAGUGGGCGGAAUCCGUAGAGAUCAAACUCGGUGGAAUCUCGAUAAGUGAAAGCCAGGAUGCCGGAUUGGGAAUUUCGUCUCAACAAGAUUUGGCAUCGAAUAGUUUGGUCUUGACAGUCCCCAGUGCGGUAGCCUUGUCGAUUGAAAGUCCGGGCGAAGGACCCGAUGAUCGAUCCGUGUUACAAUUGCCACAAGUCGAUCGCAAACUACUCGAAACGUUGCCCUGGUAUGUCCAAUUUGCUGUCUAUUUGAAUAAGCUGGAUCAUGUCAGUUCUGUCAAGUCUAGCAAAGUCGACAUGAAACCCUGGUUGGCAGCUCUGCCACGGGCCUUUGAUACUCCCAUUCAUUGGACCAAGGAACAACAAUCACAAUUGCAAUACGACUUUUUGCAAGACUCCAUUCCACGACAAGAACAACAAUGGAAACAAUAUUACGACAAACUCGAUGCCAGUAAGUGGAUGACGUGGGACCAAUUUGUCUGGGGAUGCGAAUGCGCUCGUUCCAGGGCAUUUUCAGGAGCAUACACGGGAGGAGCCUUUAAUCCCUUCAGCUAUGCCUUUACGUUGUUGCUGGUAUUGGUCUAUGUGGGCGCCGGAUUGGGGACCUUGGAACAAGCCGCCAAUGGUGCCGGACUUGUCUUUUGCGCACAAGUUCUCAAAGACUUUGUCUUGCCCAAAUUAUUCAAAAAGAAACGAUACGUCAUUUGUCCCGUCAUGGACAUGGCCAAUCACAAAUCAUUGGCCGCAUCGGCAGAAGUUUCCUUUGAAUUCUUUGGGGAUGCCUACAGUUUGGCCAUUUCCAAUGGUAUUACGGUCGGGAACGACAAGCAAGUCUAUAUUUCAUACGGCACACGCUCCAACGAUCAGCUCUUGCAAUACUACGGCUUUGUCGAAUCCAACAAUCCACACGAUGUCUACAUUCUACCCCCGCUCCGUGAUUGGAACAUUGCCAAACUCGAAGAGGCCUGUGGGAUCACAUUUGCUCCGGGACGCUUGCAAAAAUUGGAACGUGCCGGAUUGUUGGGAACGACCCGUGAACAAAUGAUGUCAACAUCCACAGAUGACGACCAAGCGGCAAACAGUGCCGGUGGCGUUGUGGUGACACGCGCGGCCGGGGUGGAUCCCGCCGUCAUGCAAGCCUUAAGGGCACUGGUAUCAACGGACGAGGAAUGGGACAAUGCCGGAGGUGCCAUUGGUAACUUUGUCGAAUCCGUGGGACCCGAAAAUGAGUGCUUGGCACGAUUGGCCGCAAAGACCGCGUUGGAAUUGGAACUGGCCGACAAGCCAACAACGUUGGAACAAGAUGAAGAGUUGCUCCAGAAAAUGAAUCAAGCCAAGAGCAUGAUGGAUGCUAGCACAGAAGAUCGACUCGCGGUCCUGUUUCGAAUCGAAAAGAAGAAACUGCUGCAGGAUACCAUUCGAAAGCUGGGGUGA